UAAUACAAGACCGUUCUUUGAUGAUGAAUUCGUAUUUGCAGAACCUCUUGAAGAUAAUGCUUGGAAUUGGUUAAGGGCUAGAAGGCGGAAGUUUAGCCCCUCUUCUUCAUCUUGUCGUGUUAUAGUAAAUUGGUAUUUACCUGCCUAUUUUUCGCCAGGAUUCCUAAAAUAGUUAUUAAUUUCCAGACAUAUUCUAUAUGGGUUUGGUUAUCUUGGUAUGUGAUGCGAGAGAUUCCUCUAACUUCUCAGCGUGCAGAAAGAGAUUCCCAUUAAAGUAAGAGUAGCUUAUCUGUUUUCAAGGGUGGAACGACAAGUGUCAUGCCUUCGUGCCCUCACGAAUAAUGCUUUGUUUUCGUUGACCCAUCGUAGUUAGAGGACAACUACUCAGGCCUGCCAAGCUACAUUAACAAUUACAUAUAUUUUUCUUUUUUCUUUUAAGGGUUCUUGUUUAUAUUUUUCUUUUUGUUAACGACCACAAUGCACUUGACUUGUAAUGGUUUUGGGUAGUUUUACUGUUUGGAAAAAGUAAAAGAGAACACGACAUAAGAAAUGGCUUGCACAUUUCACAGAGCAAUGACAAUCAAAAACAUCCAAAUAACCUAUGUAUGGUUUGAUUCAGUCAUAAUUAUGAAACAUUGAGAAGUCAGUCAUCCUUAAAAAGGACCUAAAUUUUUCAAGCCGACAUGCAGACAAGAAAAUGAAAACGAGCUACCCACUACCUGAAAACUUAAACAACUUUCCUUUGUCCUUCCUCAUUAUAAAUCAGAAGCUCCUUUUUCUCCCAUUUUAUCCAUUCAACAUCCUCAAAACUUUGCUAUGGAACGCCAUUGUCAUUCCCAAGAGCGGCAAAAGGGGGUCUUAGCCAACAAAAAAAGCAACUACUUCAAGGAGAGGACUACCCACAAUUACAAGAACAAGUUUGUUGGUGUGAGACAAAGGCCAUCAGGGAAAUGGGUAGCAGAGAUCAAGGACACCACAAAGAAGAUAAGAAUGUGGCUUGGGACUUACAACACAGCUGAAAAAGCUGCUAGAGCUUAUGAUGAAGCUGCUUUCCUUCUCCGCGGCUCCAACACUCGAACGAACUUUGCCAUUCAUGUCUCUACCAACUCUCCCCUCUCUUUGAAAAUCAGAAACCUUCUCAACUACAAAAAGGGUCCAUCAAAACAAGCAGCUUCUACAACCAACAUCAUAAAACCCUCCAUUAAACCCAGUACUGUAAUUAGUUCUAGCACUAGCAUCACCAACAAUCCUACUGGUUACAGCUUCCAUUACAAUGCCGGUACCAGUUUUACCUCUCCAUCUGCUUGCAAAAACGUCUACGGUCAGAUGUUUGAGGAUGCAUAUAAACCAGACAUGAGCUACUGCAUCGAGGAACUUCAACAGGCUACGCCUUAUUUGGAUUAUUCAUGGCCAUGCUCAGUGGGAUUUGAUCAUCAGCUUCAGUUAAACCAUGAAGGUACGGAGUUGGUAAAAGGAUUUGAUUUGUCAUCUAACAAAGCAGAGUUGGAGUUGACAGAAAUGGAACUUUCGAAGGUAGAAAGACAGAUAUCAGCUUCGUUGUAUGGAGUAAAUGAAUGCAUGGAGAAUAUUGCAUAUGAUGGAAGUGAUGCUCCCUGGGAUCUCUAUACUUUUUGUCAGUUGCACUGUUCAACGUAAUAGCUAAUCUCUCUCUGUUUUCUCUGCUUUAUCAAUUUUCUAUCAAACAAGUAAAUGAUAUUUUGGCGAUGUUAAAUCAAUAAAAACAUCCACUACCACCUUUUUCCUCUGAUCUUUCUUUUAUGGUGAAUUUGUUCCAGGCGUCUUCUAUUCUUUCAAACUAAGAAUAUGUCUCUCCCUUUUAAUAUAAUAACAUAACCCAAAAUGGCCCAAAAUAAACAAGAUGUCCACGCAUUUUAGCACCCAAAAGAAGAAGAAAGAAAGAAAGAAAAAGCAGUCGAAAGAGUCAAGAUGCAGAUGUUUUCUAAUUUAAGUUGUCCUGGAAACUCAACUCCCAUAGGUGAUGUGCUUUCUCACAGAAUAUUGGUAGACCUGCUCAUAAUAUGGUAGUUGAAACAUGAUAUCACACAAACCAUUUGAGCAGAUGGUGAUUCCAUGCAUCAUUAUAUGCUAUAGGCCAAUGGCCUCAUUAUAUAAAAUGAUUGCUGUAGUCUAUAAUAAUACAGCAGAAAAUGAGAUGUAACUCGUACGAUUCUGAAAAAUCAAUUCAUUGAUACCAUACAAACAUAUAAAAUCAAAACAUACGGGCAUAAUUUUGGACAAUUUCCACUGCAUAAAGGUGGCUAAUCAAUGACACUGCACAAUACAAAACAAAAAAGAGAGAAGAUAUAAAGGGAAGUGUGAUAUGCAAAUCCUUGUACACAGAAUCAUUUCAAGAUAGAUGUGCCCGCCCUUAUAUAACGACAUUAGUAAUCUUCACCUUCAUCUUCAUCAUCCACACCUUCAGCAC